CUGCCGCUGUGCUGACUCCUGACUGGGUCACCCAGUGCUGCUGGGCUGUCUGGGCUAGGCUAUAAAACAGAGCCAAGGCAGCGCAGCUGGCUCAGACACCAGACUGAAUUCUGCAGGCAGCCAAGGACCCGCGCGCAGCUUCUGCCGCCUCCUGUCUUGUUGUUUUUCCUGGAAUACAGAGCCGACCUCGGAAGCAAGAUGUGCAAGGGACUCGCUGCACUGCCAGCCACUUGCUUAAAAAGUGCCAAAGACAUGAAGCAUCGUCUGGGCUUCUUGCUGCAGAAGUCAGACUCCUGUGACUACAGCUCUUCCCAGAGCAAGAAGGAGAAAAUAUCUUCAAGCCAGAGGGUUAGCCAAGAGGAAGUCAGAAAGUGGGCAGACUCUUUGGAAAACCUGAUCCAUCAUGAUAGAGGUCUGGCUGCUUUCCGUGCUUUUCUCAAAUCUGAGUACAGCGAGGAAAACAUCGAGUUCUGGGUUAGCUGUGAGGACUACAAGAAAACCAAGUCACCAGCGAAGCUCAGCCCUAAGGCCAGAAAGAUCUAUGAUGAGUUCAUCUCCGUGCAGGCAACAAAAGAGGUGAACCUGGAUUCAUGCACGCGGGAGAAGACGAGCCACAAUAUUCUGGAGCCUACACUGUCCUGCUUUGAUGAGGCUCAGAGAAAAAUAUUCACCCUAAUGGAAAAGGAUUCUUACCGCCGUUUCCUCAAGUCCCCCUACUACCUGGACUUGGUCAGCCCGCCCCGUGCCGGCUGCGGGCCCGAAAACUGCAAAAGAAGCCACACUCACACCUUAGACUGCAACUCUAACAUCAUCUCUCAGUGCGCCUGAACCUGCAGCAAGGCAGGAGCGGGCUGGGCUCUCGCAAGAGUAUAUGGCAGCAAAAGCAUUCAUUGGCAUGAAGCAACAGAGCUGUCUCCAAUAGCUGUCUAAUGUCCCAGUUGUAUCCCAUGUCAUGCAGCAGCCAGCAUUUGUAACCCAAGCCAGGCUCAGUUUGUGUAGCAAACCCUCCUCUGAUUCCAUCAGUGUAGGAGCCCUGGGGUCUGUGUCUGACAUGAAAGCUGGGGGCAACCCCUGCGUGCCCGCUGUGCUUCUGGGGAGCCCCCCAAGCCCGGGAGGGUGGUGGGGGAGCACGUGCUCAGACACAGCACUACCCACCAAGGGACCAGACCUGCAACGUGGCAGGGUGACACCUUGCAAGGGGCAGGGGAAAGAGGAGCCAAGGGAAGCGUCGGGGACUGCGAUCUCCCCUUUCUAAUGGGCAAAAGCUUUGAUGAAAAGGACUUGCUCUGGUCCUUAGCUGUUCCCAUAGCUCCCAGAUACCUAGGCUUUCAGUAGUGUCUGCUCAGAACUCGGGCUGUGCUGCAUUAUAGCAAGCAGACCUAGGAAGAGCUCCUGCUCGUUCUUGAAGGGAGACCAAAACUUUUCAGCUAAACAGCCUCCCUCAAUCUCCACAGCCACAGUCGCAGGGAAGCUCUCCCAUCUGGCUGCUUCUCCCUCUGCAGCAUCUAGUUUAUGCCGGCAAAGGAUUUUUCCUGGGGCUGUACAGAGCUAUUAUUUUAGGGGAGGUUCAUUAUUUCAUAUAUUAUUAAUGCUCGCAGGUUUAAUACUGUAGCUGAGUAGAACAGAA